UAUGCCUCAAGAUGGCGGCCAAUGCGGGAUCAAUGUUUCAAUAUUGGAAGCGCUUUGAUUUACAACAACUGCAGAGAGAACUAGACGCCACCGCCACACAGCUCGCCAACAGACAGGAUGAGAGCGAACAGUCCAGGAAGAAACUCAUCGACCAGAGCCGCGACUUCAAGAAGAACACGCCAGAGGAUGUCAGAAAGCAAGUGGCUCCUCUGCUCAAGAGCUUCCAGGGAGAGAUCGAUGCCUUGAGCAAAAGAAGUAAAGAAACAGAAGGCUCCUUCUUGAACGUCUACAAGACAUUAAUAGAUGUCCCAGACCCUGUCCCUGUGCUGGAGUUGGGUCAGCAGUUACAGCUGAAGCUCCAGCAGAUGCACGACAUCGAGACAGAGAACCUCAAACUCAGAGAGACUCUAGAGGACUACAACAAAGAGUUUACUGAGGUCAAGAACCAGGAGGUGACUAUUAAAGCCCUGAAGGAGAAGAUCCGGGACUAUGAGCAGUCCCUGAAGAACCAGGCUGAGAACCUGGUCCAGGAGAAACAGGUCCAGCUCCACAAUGACUAUGCAGAGAAGGAGAGAAAGUUCCAGGAGAGCCAGGACUCCAUGUCCUCUAAGCUGGUUGAGGCUGACCACAAGGCCCAGGCCUUACAGACAGCUCUUGAAACAACUCAGGCAGAGCUCUUUGAUCUGAAGACCAAGUAUGACAAGGACUGCACAGCAAAGGCCGAUGAGAUUGAAAUGGUGAUGACCGAUCUAGAGAGAGCCAAUCAGCAACGUCAGCACAAGAACUGUUUGUCGGGAGCUUUCAUGAAACGGGUUUCCAUGGUCGAGCAGCCGCACACAAGCCUGACAUCACCAUCCGCAAACGCUAAGCUGCCGGCGGCUGGAGCGGUGUAA